GGCUCUGUUUAUUUGUGGACCACAAGAGGGCGCCCUACUGUAAUCGACAUCCGGGAUAUUUCACCAACCUCCGACCUUUUCAACGUUGUGGACCCGUGAAUACUAAUCUGCCAUCAUGGGCCGCGUCAUCCGUGGUCAGCGUAAGGGGGCUGGGAGUGUCUUCAAGUCCCACAACAAGCACAGGAAAGGACCGGCCAAGCUUCGCUCGCUGGACUAUGCUGAGCGACAUGGAUACAUCAAAGGCAUUGUCAAGGACAUCAUCCAUGACCCAGGCCGUGGGGCUCCCCUAGCCAAGAUAGCCUUCCGUGAUCCCUACAGGUACAAGAAACGCAGCGAGCUCAUGAUAGCUGCUGAAGGCAUGUUUACUGGCCAGUUCAUCUACUGUGGAAGGAAAGCUGCCCUGACUAUUGGCAAUGUCCUCCCCAUCGGCUCCAUGCCUGAAGGAACCAUCGUCUGUGCCUUGGAGGAGAAGACCGGAGAUCGUGGCAAGGUGGCCCGUGCCUCGGGCAACUACGCCACGGUCAUCGCUCACAACCCUGACACGAGGAAGACGAGGGUUAAGCUUCCAUCGGGAGCCAAGAAGGUGGUUCCCUCAGCCAACAGGGCUAUGGUUGGGAUCGUUGCCGGUGGUGGUCGUAUCGACAAGCCUCUCCUCAAGGCCGGACGGGCCUACCACAAGUACAAGGCCAAGCGUAACUGCUGGCCCCGUGUGCGUGGUGUGGCCAUGAACCCCGUCGACCAUCCCCACGGUGGUGGUAACCAUCAACAUAUCGGUGCGCCCUCUACUGUCAGGAGAGAUACGUCGGCUGGUCGCAAGGUCGGUCUGAUUGCCGCCCGUCGUACCGGCCGUCUCCGUGGAACAAAGAAGAUCCCAGUCGGUGACAAGGAAUAGACUACCCCCCCCCCCCCCCUGCAAUCACCAAACAGAAUUGACUUCAUCAAAGUAUCAUAGCUUGGCUUUCAACAUCAAACGGAUGAUGUUUUACAUAGAUCAUCUAUUGCAUUGUGCAUGAUUUGCACUCUAAUAAAGAAGACGUACAGUAUACAGUAAA